UCUCUCUCCCGUCCUCACACUCUCUGCUCUCUCUUCCAUUGUAGCUUUUUGUUCUCAUCAUCAUCUCUCUUGUGAGCGACAACAACAACGAUGGCCUUCGGUUUUCUCUUUCGCGAAAACGACGACAACAACAGAAAAACCUCUCUCUCAGUUUCUCACGGCGGCCAUGGAAUAAGCUCGAAGAAACUCACAUACUCACGAACUCAGGGCUUUGAUUUGGUUUGGGGGAAAAUGGUUUUUUGGUUUGGGAGUGGUAGCGUCGGUGGAAUUGGACCUGAGGUAGCACAUCUUGGUUGGGGAAGAUGGUACACUCUGAGAGAGCUUGAAGAUGCUAUUGGUGGGUUCCGUCCAGAAAAUGUUCUUGGUGAAGGUGGCUAUGGAAUUGUUUAUCAUGGAGUACUCACUGAUGGUACUAAAGUUGAUGUUAAAAACCUCUUGAAUAACAAGAUGGAGAUGAGCUCACUGGGUUGCACUGCUUUCGUCAUCUUAGAGAUCAUGUGACAGGUUUUAUAGAAUCAAUAAACAGCAUUCUCUCAGCAGAGUUUAUUCGAGCUUCUUUACACGAUGCUGCAGAAUCAGAUGUGAUAAUUUUAUCUAAAGCUAAAGCAAGAUCUUCCCUUCCCAUGAAUGGAAAAGAUGAUGAAGAUAACCUAAGUCAACACCGCAACAUCCUGGAACUGAGGCAAUUAAAUCAUCUCUGUACCUGCCACGAAGCUUGGCUCUAUAGCCAUUGAAGGUAAUUAUGUUAACCUGUGUUGUGUCAGUUAUCAUUUCAAUAUAAUUGAAACUUAUUGAAGGUAUGCUUAUCUCUGUUUUUGUUGAUACGUAGCUGCUCUUCCUAUGUCUAGAAGUUAUGGUAGUAAGUUAGUUAUAGGAAGUUAUGGUUGUUCAUGAGGAAAAAAAUGUAAAUGACAGGAUGGAUAUUGAGGUAUAUCCUAUUUAUGGGCCAAGGAGGAUGCAUGGCUA